UAAUCUGAUGUUCGUCAUACUUAUAGUAAUAGAUACAGCCCACCGCUACGGCACUACAAAGGUUUUAGUUUUUGUACAGAUGUUGUGUUAUUGAAAAAAAUCAUUAAAAGCCAUAACAUUUUUAAAAAUAAAAACUGGCCAGACUUCGUUACAGAAAUAAGUUCACUUUUGUUUGCUUGUUUUUAAUAUUUUCGAGUACAUUAAAAUUAAAUAAUUAUACUAUCCAAGAUUAAUCCGAUUCAACCCACUUGUCCCAUAGAUAUCAGAACAGCGUAAUGUCAAUCGUACUAUAAAUUCAGAGGGAAAUGCAUUUUAGACUCAUUUUUUUUAUUGGCUAUUGAAAUCCGAACGAAGAAUUGCGAAAAUCUGAAGUGCCGCUGUCCAAGUGUACGAUUAUCGAUUUAUUUUACAACUGUCGUUAAAAAACUGAUAUCAUACAAUACAUCACCGUAAUCGUACGUUUAUUAACGAAAAACAUACCUAGUAUUUAUAGUGACAACGUCGAGGAUUGUCGACAUAUGCAAUUUCUGAUUAGAAGUUACUAUUUGGAUGUCGCAGCACUAUAACAUAUAAAAAAAUAUACUGUACAAAAAUGAUUCACUCGUGGUCGGGCAAAACGCUUUAUCAAUCGCUGAGCAGGAAAAAAACGUUCGCUACAGAAAAUAAACAGGAAAAAGACAAGUUGAAACGAGUGUUGACCAUUUUCGACUUGACCGCUUUGGGCAUUGGCGCCACUUUAGGGAGUGGCGUUUAUGUGUUGGCCGGAACAGUGGCCAAAUCUGUCGCUGGACCAGCGGUUGUAUUGUCUUUCAUCGUAGCGGCGAUCGUAUCUUCGUUUGCUGGAGUUUGUUACGCUGAAUUCGCCGGCCGAGUACCCAAAGCUGGAUCUGCGUAUAUUUACAGUUAUGUAGCCGUUGGAGAAUUUAUCGCUUUUAUUAUUGGUUGGAACAUGUUUAUCGAGCAUACGAUAGGCACAGCAUCCGCUGCCAAAGCCAUGACAAAUUAUUUAGACUCUUUGCUCGGCGAUCCUCAAAAGAGGUACAUGAUAGCACGUUUUCCAAUUCACAUGCAGUAUAUGGGCGAAUAUCCGGACGUCGCGGCGUUUUUAUUCCUCAUGUUCAUUGCGUUGGUUAUGGCUUGGGGUGUUCGGAAAUCUUCAACUCUCAAUACAGUGUUUACUGCAUUUAACUUACUGACCGUCGGUACAGUCAUCGUGAGUGGACUUUUUUUUGUUAAAAUUUCGAAUUGGAAUAUACCGAAAAGCGAAAUCCCACCCGGAGUGGACGGCGGCAACGGUGGAUUCGCGCCAUUCGGCUGGGGUGGAAUAAUCGCUGGAGCGGCUCGAUGCUUUUACGGGUUCAUUGGAUUCGAAUCUAUUUCUACGACCGGCGAAGAAACAAAAAACCCGAAAAAAACAAUUCCGCUGGCGAUCGUCCUGACGCUGGUGUUCGUCACGUCUGCGUACUCUAUCGUGGCGUCAGUGUUGACCAUGAUGUGGCCGUAUUACGACCAGGAUGCGAACGCGCCGUUUCCAGUCAUCUACGAAAACCUGGGAUUACCCGUGAUCAAGUACACGGUUACCUGUGGCGCGGUAUUCGCUCUAUUCACCUCUUUAUUGGGAUGUCUGUUUCCGACACCGCGAAUCCUGUACGCCAUGUCCUGUGAUGGUCUGUUGUUCGAAUUCUUGUCGAUAGUCAACGAAAGGACCAAGACGCCAGUCAUAGCCACAAUGAUAUGCGGAGUCGGUGCCGGUAUAUUGUCGUCCAUAUUCAAUCUCGAACAGCUCGUCGACAUGACAUCUAUUGGUACCCUCAUAACGUAUUUGAUAGUUUGUAUCUGCCUACUGGUGCUCAGGUAUAGAGACACUAACACGGCAAUUCAGGAUAUAGACAGUAAUCCCGAUGACUAUAAUAUAUUCAAAUGGUACAGUUUGUUUAACACAAAAGUCACGAACUUGGGUACUCAAUACAUAUCCAGAGUGUUGAUACUUAUUUACACUUUCAGUGCGUGUGUAUUUUGCAUUAGUAUGGUGAAUAUUAACUGUUACGACGGAGCGUUUUAUUUUCCGUUAAUUGUCGUAAUAGCGAUUUCGAUCACAGUAUCAUUACUUUCCAUGCUAAUGUUACACAGACUUCCACAAGCAAUUGAAAACUUAGCGUUUAGGGUGCCACUGGUUCCUUUUAUACCAUGUAUGAGUAUAAUUCUUAACUUAUACUUAAUGAUGGAGCUGAGCAUCAAGACUUGGAUAAGGUUCGGCGUGGGACUUGUAUUAGGAGUAUUCAUAUAUGCGUUCUAUGGCAUUCAUCACAGUUUAGAAGGUAGCAAACAACGGGCUGUGAAAAAUGAAGAAAACAAAAACACGCCGAGAAUCUCUUGCUAAUAAUUUGUUCGCAUAUAAUCAAAAGUUUUAUAUUGUAUAUAUUUUUUUUACAUUUGUAUAUUCUAAUAAUUAAUGGUUAUAAAUCGUAACAAUUAUUGUUACUGUGACCAUUACGAAAAAUCGUAUUAUUAAAAAAUAAUACUAUAAGUUUAUAUAUUUAAGUAUGAUACUUAAAAAGGUUACAUUUAAAAAUGUGUAUUUAAUUUUUUUAUUGUAAUAUUUAAUAUUUAUUAAUAUAAGGUUAAAAUGUUAAACAAUUGUAUUUUUUUCAUAAUAAAACAAAUAGAUUAUUAUACCCAGCUCAUGA